AUGAAUCGUGAUAAGUUUCGAAGACCCUCUGAAAGAGAGUUACAGGAGGAACUAGCACAGGAGAUGGAAUGGGCAGCACUUCAUAAGAAGUCUGUAGAGGGCUGGAUGAGCAUCAUCAGAGGAAUUGAGGCAGAGACAGAGAAAGGAUUAGAUGAUGAGAGCGAAUGGAAGACACGGUACAACUACCAGACGCUUUACAACGCCAGUCUGAGGCGACAAGUGAAGAAGAUGCGGGGAGAGGUCCGUCUCCUCCGUAACGGUGUGGCCCUGGCCCAGGUCAGCGCCGACAUGGACCGGAUGUCGACGGCUGGAUGUCGUCAGCACGUCAAACACCUAAAAACUGAGCUCCUCUCGCUCAAAGGCCUGUGUACAUCCUAUGACCAUCAGUUGGAUGAGGAAGCUGCGGGGUACACAAGAGCCCAGGAGGAGAUUCACUCCAUUGUCAAUGACGUCGGGUUUAGACAGGCGAUAAAAAUCGAAAAGCAGGAAACCCUGGAUAAAUCUCUGCCCCCAAUCGGCGCCCGGCCCCGCACACUGCACCACGCUGAAGACCGGCUGAUCAACGCCCAGUCCGGCUCAGGCAUUGCGCCCAAUAUUCAACAACGGCCAAUCAGCAAUCGGCCCCGCUUGGAUGACACCACCUAUUUUCAUUAUCGAAAACAAGAAAAACUUCCACCCAUGAAACCAAAAUCUCUUCAGAGCAAGUCCUCAUACCUAGAAAUGUAUGAGAAAACUAAGGCCAAAAGGCAGAAAAAAUGCCAGCCCAAAUCUGCUACAAAGAGGGUUCACUUUCGUGACCCUGUGUGACGUAGGCCAGUCACCAAGUCAACAAACCGGUGAGUGUUCUCCCUUUGCCAGGGCUUCAAGAAAAUUGUU